UCAAGUAUCUAAUGUUUAAUAUUAUAAGUUAUUUAUUUUUUUAAAAUCCAGUAUAUCUCAUAGAAAAUCCUUGUAGAAAGAAGCACAGAAUGUGCGCAUUAUCUAUAUUGGGAAAACAUAAAUGAGCAUUAUAACGGUUUUUCUGAAUUUUCACUAGUAUACCCAGAACUGUUGAGACAUACCUUUAGCGAGCAAACCACUAAAUCGCCUUAAAUAACUUAAAAGACAUGUCUUUGAAGCUAUUUAGAAUUGAGCAGAUACUAAAUAUUACGCAAUCAAGUUAAUGAAUUUAUAUUCUUUGGGACUUUAAAAUAGAUUUGUCAUUAGUUAUGUGGAUUGACCAUAGAUGCUUUGUUCCUAUUUAAAAAAAAAUAUUAACAUUAUCCAAGACGAGACAGGACAAUUUGUUUACAACAUAGGCACACGUAAAGUGCUAACAUGUACAUGACAGAGGAUAACAAUUAUAUAUUAUUCAAACACAUAAUUAUAUACAAUUGAACAUGUGGAAGACAAACCACAAACAAACUUCAUGAUCACUACAAUCAUUAAUAUUUUUUAUUAUAUGAAAGAUUUUAGCUGAUAAUGCCGAUCUUUCAUGUUUUUGUGGGAACAUAGGUUUUUUUUUUAUUUUAAAUUGAUUGUUAUUUAAAAGUUUCAUAAAAAAAUCGGAGAAGUCAAAAUAUAGUUUUGGUUUCUAUUAAAACAUAGUCAAAGACACACAUACAAAAUUGCUUAAAAAUAGAUCUUGUUCUCAUAUUUAAUUGAAAAAACAGUUUUAUUUUGAUUAAAGUUGGUAAAUAUUGUUUGUCCAGGGAAACAGUCACAACAAAAGAUUAAUGGUCGGUGACUUAUAGUUCCAAUUGUUUUCUUGUUGUUAUUAUAUGUAUUUAAAUUUAUCAUAUAUACUGUCAUUUUUAUUACAUGUUUCAACACGUUAUUAGGGCAGUUGGCAGUCCUUUAGUCAUGGAUCCCAACAGUAUUUGUAGAAAAAGCAGACGAUUAGCAGGAAAACAGCGGGAAAUUUGCCGGAAGGAAAUUGAAAUUGUAGAGGAAGUUGCAAAUGGUGCCAAAAUAGCCUUGGCAGAAUGCCAGUAUCAAUUUAGACAUAGAAAAUGGAAUUGUACAACGGCUAAAAGAUCUCUAGACAGAGUUAUUAGGCAAGAUACAAGAGAGUCGGCGUUUGUUUAUGGCAUUACAGCAGCUGGAGUUGUAUAUUCAGUAACAGAGGCUUGUAAUAUGGGACAUCUCUUACAAUGCACGUGUGAUAAUCACGUGCAAGAUAUAACAACAGAUGGUGAAUGGGAAUGGGGAGGGUGUGGGGAUAAUGUAGAAUAUGGAUAUAAGAAAAGCAAAGAAUUUAUGGAUGCUCGUAAGAAAAAGCGCCGUGGUGAUCUAACAACAAGAAUUCAACUCCACAAUAAUGACGCUGGAAGAUUGACAGUUAAAAAUCAUAUGCGAACCGAGUGCAAGUGUCAUGGACUCUCUGGAUCAUGUACGUUAAAGACCUGUUGGCGAAAAAUGCCAAUUUUUCGUCAUGUUGGUUUCAUAUUGAAGCAGAAAUUCGAUGGAGCUAUACAAGUUCAAAGUUCAAAUGACGGAAAACGUUUAGAGACCGUAAUAGAUACAUUAAAACCACCAGCCAAAGCAGAUAUUGUUUAUUCUGAAAAAUCGCCUUUAUUUUGUAAAAGAAACAGAAAAAUAGGUUCCUUAGGGACUAAGGGUCGGGAGUGUGUUCCGGACUCUAUGGGAGUAGGUGGUUGUGACUUAUUGUGCUGUCAAAGAGGUUACUCUACGCAUAAGAUGACAAUACGGGAUAACUGUAAAUGUCGAUUUAUUUGGUGUUGUGAUGUCCGUUGUGAGACGUGUAUGCGAGAGAAAACAAUAUACCGUUGUUUAUAGUAAUUUAUUUCAAAAGACGAUUGACUAAAGCUUAAAGCAACUUAUAGAAACUUUAUAAGACUAUAAGUGUACCAUUUUGACCAGUCAGAGUUGUUUCUUUUGCAAUUGUGGAAAGUACCGCCGUGAAAUAUGUUAAAGAGGUAUUUGACCAAUCACGUAAAACAACUAUACGAAACUGUGGUGCAAAUUUCAACCAAUCGUAUGAAAAGUUAAAAUGGUCACAUUGCGUUUUUAGCAUAAACAGCCAAUCAAUUAUUAGACAACAUUGUUGUCACACACGAUACUGACAACUGAUACAAAUUGCUGUAAUUAUUGUUAUGUGUAUAUUUAUAUUAACAAAUUGCAUUUUCUUUGACAAUUUCUCCUAGUAAACAUUUUAGUUUUGAGAUAUUUUAUAUAAGAAAGAUUAUAAAAUACUUAAAAUCAAUGCCUUGCUAUUUCUCAAUCUUCGAACAAUAAAAUGUUUUGAGUUAUUAGGUUAUAAUAGAUAAAACAAUAUCCCAUAUCAGUUAAUAUGUCGUAUUUGUGGGUGGGUAAGGAGAUCUAUUUGGUAAUGUUUCAGAAAAUUUAUGAUGAAAAGAAACGUACCAGACUAAAAAAAUAAAGCAAAAAAUCAAAAUACAGCCCUUAAAUGCACAACAUUUAAAUCCAUCAAAAGUACUAUCCAUCCGACCCCGAACCUUUUUUUUCAGACAUUAACUUGAAAGGUCAUAUGUCCUUCAAAUUAACGAAAUGCUAUACGCUAUUGUGAACUGUUGGUUAAAUAGAAUAUUUUGCUGUCUAUUUAUUUUUCAUAAGUAUCUAUUUGCCAUUUUUAGAUAAAACAAUCUGCAAUUAAGUUAGACUAAACAGUUUUGUUGACGAAAACUGAACUUUUUUACAUUUUAGUGCGUAAAUUUGAAACCAGCUGUAAAAUUUUUACAAAGUAAAGAAAUGGUCAAAGGUACAACUGCAAAUAUAUAAAAAAAAAUGAACAACAUUAACCAUAAAAGCUAGAAUACAGCAAAUAUUGUCUAAUUGUUGGACCUCAAAGCAUAAAAAUGUGCAGAUCUCGUGAAGGACAGAAUUCUGUUUCGGAAAUUUUUAACUAUAUAAUGGUUGUACUAUUAAUCUUUUUUUUUGUAACCAGUUAACAACAUUUAUUUCUUCAUAAAUCUUAUAUCUGUAUUUCGAACAUGUCUACAUACAAACUAUAGUUGUGUUUAAACUAUUUAAGAUGUUUAACAUUCUUCUUAAUUUACAUGUAAGUGUCUACGCUACAGGUCGAUGCAGAUGCAACAUUCCCUAAAGGUUCACAUACACUGACUUUCACCUAUGAUAGGUCACUUCACUUUUUAAAUGAAUACUUUUAAAUGUGUCCGCUAAAAUCUUCAUGGCUAUCUUUUCUUUCAUUGUAAUUGUUAUUUUGGAAAACAAUCGAGAGAGUAACCAUCUGAAUAAGAUGAGAAAACUGAAUUGCGGUAAAGCUUGUAUUUGAAGUCUCAAAUUUUUUUCCCCAUUUGUCUAUCAAACAUUGAUACUAGAAAAAUAUUUUAUGAUUCUUAUUUUAUGUUAUAUCAUUUUAGCUCAAAAUCAGCGAUUGCUUGACCAUAACAAGAAUUUGAAUGACUAUUACUUAUAUCAAGACAUGGAGAUGUGGGUUGUUCGUCAAUGUGACGACAACGGACCAUUCCAUUUAAUUUCUGAACAGGGGGUGGAUGGUUACCUUGUCAAAGACCCCCUUAAGAAAAUUUUCAGGCAAAUUUCGAUCACUCAGUUGCUUGACUUAAAACCCUUCAGAUGCCAAAUUGUGCCAUCAACCCCUCAUUUUUACAUAUUCAAACAAAAAAAGACCCUCAGAAACAAAAAUGGGCACCUCUCAGAUAUAUUAUGAACUAGUCCGUACCCCUAAGAAAUGAAUUUUGAUACCCUCAUAAAAAAAACCAUGCACCCCCUUUUUCAUAUGUUAAAAGGAAUUGUCUCACACAACAUUAAAAAAAACAUUCUCGAGUGCAACAUACUGUUAACGAAUUAAUGUCAAAACAAUAUGUAAGAUCCUAAUCGCCACGAGUGAAAACAAUUGUGAAUAAAUGUAUGAACAACUAUUUAUGAUUUCCUAAAUUUAAAGACUUAAUUGUUUAAGAAAUUGUCAUGUCGGGCCUUUUAUAGUUUACUUUAUGGUAUCGGUUUGGCACAUAGUUGAAGUCCGUACGGUGACCACUAUUUGCAUUAAUCCAAUUCAUGUGGACAUUGAUGGAAAAUUGUCUCAUUGGCAAUCAUACCGCAUCUCCAAAUUUAUAUAUAUGUAUGAGUCCACAAAACCUCUCACUGUGUUUUUUCUACACUACCGAGAUGCAUUGAUGCAUUUAGUGACAAAGUAAUUUUCAAAUCAAAGCAGGAAAAGAUAUAUAUUGUAAUAAUAUUUACCUUUGGUGUCUAAUUAUCACUCCGCUAUUUGAUAACCUUAUUUACCUUUAAUAAAUGACCGGUACACUUUCGUCGAAUGAUUCGUCUAGCUUUGUGGAAUGUUUCGUCUGCAUCUAUCUGUAGAUUUUUUAUAAAGUGUUGAUGAUGUAAUGAUAAGUCUUCCAGCUAUUGUACAUGUAUUUUAAUUAUUAGGUCAGUUUUAUGUUUUAUUUGUACAGUAUUAUUGUAAAAAAAUGGAUAUUUUUAAAAGCUACAAAUCUGUAUAUUUUCAUAUGUGCGUUGUUUUAGGUCCAUUAAAAUCUUAUUUUUUU